GAGGAGGAGCGCCGGAGGGAGCGCGGGGCGGAUGAUGGCUGAGCUGAGAAGUUUGUGAAGCUUACAUGAAAUAUCCUAUAGAUACUUCUGAUCAGUAGUAGCCAAGAUGAAAUAAGCAUGUUCUUAAAUAACAGUCGAUCUGGAGUAUGAACCAGUCUACGGAAGUGAGCUGAUGUCGGACUUGUUAAGUGUCUCAGUGGCUUGAUGGCUCUCAUUUACUCUGUAUUUAGACCAAAGCCAUCUUUCUACCAAAGCAAUAAAAGGACAGUGCACAAUCUGACUAUAGAAUGCUAUUUCCAAAGAAGUGAACUGUGAAGAAAGGACUCAUGAAUUUUGAUCACAGGGGCUUGGAGAGCAUCUCUGAUGUCUGCUCCAGUGAGGAUCUUCCUGAGGUAGAGUUGGUGAGCAUGCUAGAAGAACAGUUGCCAGAUUACAAGUUACGAGUGGACUCUCUGUAUCUGUAUGGAAAUCAAGACUGGAUUCAGUCUCCUGCCUGCCACAGCCAUCUUCCUGAAAUCUCUUCUCCAGUUCGUAAUGAGGAGCCCUUCCAUUACAUGAAUAAUGUGGAGCAGAAAGCCUACACUGAUGCUGACAUGGUCAAACAUCUGUUAGCUGAGAAAGAUCGGGACCUGGAACUGGCAGCUCGAAUUGGACAAGCCCUCCUUAAGCGAAACCACCUGCUGACGGAACAGAAUGAAGCACUAGAAGAACAGUUAGGACAAACUCUAGAUCGAGUUAACCAGCUGCAGCAUGAACUGUCAAAGAAGGAUGACCUGCUUCGUAUUGUUUCAAUUGCUUCUGAGGAAAGUGAAACAGAUUCCAGCUGUUCCACACCACUUCGUUUCAAUGAGUCUUUCAAUGUACCACAUGAUCUGCUGCAGCUGGAUGUCUUGCAAGAUAAACUCAGAGAGCUGGAAGAGGAGAACCUUGCUCUCCGAUCUAAGGCUUGCCAUCUGAAGACAGAAACCAUUACAUAUGAAGAGAAAGAACAGCAGCUGGUCAACGACUGUGUCAAAGAGCUACGGCAAACAAAUGCUCAAAUCUGUAGAAUAACAGAGGAAUUAUCAGAGAAGAGUGAGGAGUUGGUUCGCUACCAGGAAGAGAUCUCAUCCCUCUUGUCUCAGAUUGUUGAUCUCCAACAUAAACUCAAAGAACAUGUGAUUGAAAAGGAGGAGCUGAAACUUCACUUACAAGCUUCCAAAGAUGCUCAGAGACAACUCACAGCAGAGCUACAUGAGUUGCAAGAUCGGAAUGCAGAGUGUUUAGGGAUGUUGCAUGAAUCACAAGAAGAAGUGAAGUUGCUACGUAGUAGAGCCAGAUCUGUUGCUUGUCUUUGCCACCCCCACUCAUGUGGAGCAUUUCUUGUGGAUUCUCUUGCAGCAGAAAUCGAAGGGACAAUGCGGAAGGAAUUGAGUCAGGGUGAUGAAUCUGUUCUCACCAAGCAAAAGGAUCAACAGAAACGAGUAUUUGACACUGUCAGAGUUGCUAAUGUCACUCGUGGCCGUUCCUCUUCCUUUCCUGCCCCAUUGCCAAUCCCUGGAUCUAAUAGGUCAAGUGCUGUUAUGACAGCAAAGCCCUUUCAGUCUGGCGUACACCAAUUGGAGAGCCAUGCACGGGUGACCCAGAGGAGCAGCUCUGAGAAGAAUUUGAAAGACACUCGUCAUCCUGGCCAGCCGGGAAUCCCUGGAGACAAUGACUUAGUCACAGCUCUGCACAGGCUCUCCCUCCGUCGUCAGAACUACCUGAGUGAGAAGCAAUUCUUUGAGGAGGAAUGGGAGCGAAAAAUGCAUUUGCUGACUGAUGAGAAAGAAGGGGCUAGUGGCUGUAGCACACCCACAGAAAGCUGUUUUUCCCUGGGUACAAACUCAGAAGUCACUGAUCCCUCUGCCAGCUCCGGUAACCUCCGUGUUCUCCUACCAGAAAAAUUACAGAUUGUCAAACCCAUUGAAGGAUCUCAGACCCUUUUUCAUUGGCAACAGCUUGCUCGACCCAACCUAGGCACCAUUCUUGACCCAAGACCAGGUGUUGUUACAAAAGGUUUUACCCCUUUGUCUGAUGAUGCUGUGCACCGCAUCUCUGACUUGGAGGAAGAUGAUGAGGAAGGAGGAGGUAUAACAUUUCAAGUGCAGCAGUCCGUCCCAGAGGAAAAGAAAUGUACAGCGGCAAAGCCAGUGGCAGGGAUUUUCCUCCAACCUAUUACUUCAGCAGCAAUACCACUCACUGCCUCAAAUCCAGGGAAGUGUUUGUCUUCCACAAAUUCUACUUUUACCUUUACUACCUGCAGGAUCCUUCACCCGUCUGAUAUCACUCAAGUUACUCCCAGCUCCGUGGGUACCCCAUUUUCACUUGGAAGCAGUGGCAGCAGUAUUGGAAACCCAGUAGUGAGCACUCCAACGAUUUCUUACAGGCUUAGUAUUGGAGAAUUUCUCACCAACAGAAGAGACUCAACCACUACUUUCAGCAGCACAAGAAGUCUGGCUAAACUUUUGCAAGAACGAGGCAUCUCCGCCAAGGUUUAUGAUAGCCCCAUAUUAGAAAAACUGCCUUUGCUUCAGCCCCCUCGAACUCUCCCCAUUCCUUCUACUCCACCAAAUUCUCCCUCGCACUCACCUUGUCCUUCCCCUCCACUGUUUGAGCCUCGGGUGCAUCACUCAGAAAAUUUCCUGGCUUCUCGACCGGCAGAAACAUUCUUGCAAGAAAUGUAUGGCCUGAAGCCCUCCCGUAAUGCUCCAGAUGUAGGCCAGCAGAAGAUGAACCUGGUAGACAGGCUGAAGAGGCUGGGUAUUGCCAGGGUGAUCAAGACCCCUGAAACACAGGACUGCAGGAACAAUCAGGAGCCAGAAGUUAGCUUGCGGAGGCAGGAAUCAGCUGUGUUUUUAAAUGCAGGUACCAACUUAAUGGCAGGAAUGAGAAGAAACCAGAGUCUUCCAGCCAUGAUUGGAGCACUGGGAGCUCCAGUUUGCACACAGUCAUCAAAAAUGGAUAUCCUAAAGGAGGACUGACUGGUCUGAAAAAUUACUAACUUCUAGCAUAAUAAACAAUAUAUGAGGGAAAAACAUCCAGUACAGGCAUCAUUAGAUGUGUUACAGAAGAGUUGGGGAAGGCACGUGCAUGAGAAAGCUGUGGGAGAGAGAAGUGUUGGGAUUGAGGACUGAAAGAACAUUGUUUGGGUUUGAGGAAGAAGGCUUGUGUGGAAAAUAAGGAAGAAGAAACCAAAGCUUAGUUUUGAGGCCACCUUCAGCAUCUGUCUUAGUUUAAACAAAUAUAAAGACUACUGUAGAUAUUCUCAGUGUUUUAACCUUUUAAAUUGUAUGUGUAAGAUGUGUCUUACAGAUGCUGUGCUAUUUUUUUUUUGUUUCCCCACCAUAUGGCCAUAGUAUUUUAUUAGUUAGCAGUCAGGCUGUAUCAUUUAAAUGUAACUUUAAGAUAGCAGUCAGUCUGACCAGCAUUAUUGGUCCAAAUUCCUCUCUGUAGAAAACAAAUACGAAAACUUGGAUUUUAUUUCUUUUAUUGUCUUUUCCAUUUCAGAAGCUGUACUCUUUUAAACUCCUCUCCACUUGGAGAAGCCAGGAUAGAACCUAUAGCUCCGUGUAAGAAAACAAUAUUUCUGUUUACAAACACAGAAACUGGUGGUCAGGAUUUAUAUUUUGAGUGGAAUUGUACUAGUGAGGUAUUAGCAGAAGUUGAUUUCUUUCCAGAGCAACACAGAGGAAGGUGCAAUGAAUAAGGAUUAAGGAAGUAUGUAUUAGAGUGAAACCUUCAAGCUGAGAGAUCUUUCCAAAGUGUGCUGUGCAUCUUUAUAAAUGAGGGCAUUUUUGCAUGCACACAAAAAAUUCUCAGGCACAUUUCAGUGUUGCAAAAAGAUUUAAAAUCUUGGUGCUUGAUUCAGGGCUUCUUUUGUUUUACAUAAGCAGAGAGCAUUUACUGUAAGACAAGCGUCGGAAAUUCAGUAUCCUGACUCCUCUUGACAGGUAGACAUUAUGUGUAUUUGUGAGUUCUGCAGUAAACUUCAUGCCUUUUUUGUUCACUUCUUCCUGAUUUUAGGCAAGAUUUUGUUUAAAAUAUUUUGUUCAAAGCAAAAUGUACUAUUUUAUAUUUAGAAACAGGAAGAUGAAGGUUAGCGUUCUUUCUAAUGAACACUGAUUUUGUCUACCUUGAAAUCCUGUGUUUUGAUGAUGGAGAGUGGUUCUGAACCUGUUUCUGAACAAAGCUGAGGCAGACUUUCCAUUUCAAAAGAGAAGUCCAUUUUGGAAAUCUGAUCUCUGAGUUGUAACUAGCAAACUAUUACUGCCCUGCUGCUUUUUUGAUUCCUUCCUGUCCAAGGUUCUGAAUAAUCUACAAUAGAUUUAUAGUGUAACUUAAAGUUUCCAUACAAUUACGUAAAAUGGUCAAAAUUUACGUCGCUUGUUACAGUGUGUGUGGGACAUAGCUGGUACCUGUGUGAGUGUGUGGUGUGAAGCAUCAGUAUAAUUACACUGAUCUACAUUUGCUGUAAGCCACAUCCACCAUAACAGGCACCCUUGUUGCUGCAGGAUUGAGUGGAGUAGGGCAGAAAAGAAAGCUUCUUUACAAAUUUCCUGUAAACCAGGUUAUGUGGCCUUUCUGCUUUCACAGUUCUAAAGAUCUUGUGAUGACUUUUGAUACAACAGUCUUUUUUUAAAAGGAAAAGGAGUAACCACUUCAAACUUGCACAGGAAUUCUUAGCAGAAUCUUGUCUGUCAGCAGCGCACAAAAAUAUUCAGGAACUCCUGGAGUUGCCUUUUGCUCUCUAAGCAAAAUUUUACCCUUAUAAAAGGUGAAUUUUAUUUAAAAUAUUAUAUACGGGUUAAUUCUGUUUUUAAAAUGAAAUAUAUUUAAUUUCUUCAUGUAAGUAUUUAUGUUUAUACAUACUUAGCUAUGCCUGGGGUCUUGCCUGGGUAAAUAAGGUAAGAGUGAAAGGAACUGGGGGAGGCAAUUUUGCUCUCCCAUGAAGCAAGACAAGUAUGUCUGUGGUGUGUUUAUAACUCUAGGGAAACAACAGGAAUGAGUUAACAAGAUUAGAUAGGUUGGUAUCAACAGGGAGGUGUAUAGUGUGUCAAAAGUAGGUCCAUUUUAUGUGUGUAUAUUAUAGGAAUAUAUGUAAGUUACGGAAAAUAUCUUGAAGGUAUUACACUGUGUUUCUAACCAGCUUUAUUAGAUGGCUCCAGCCAUUGGAUCAUUCUGUGUGUUAUCAGCAGAAGUAGCAAACCAGCUAAACCAGAAUUCCUUUGGCGGACCAGGUUUCAGUUAAAAUUAACCUAAAAGCACAACAAUUUAAUGCAUGUUUCUCUCUGGGACACUUCCAUAUUCCAUAGCCAAACAGUAUCAACUGCUUCUGUUCAAACAAUACUAUGGAGUUGUCGAGAGGUAUGUUUGUUUGCUGUAGGAUCAUGUGUCAUCGGCUACUCUACACAAGGGAAGAAGAAAAUGGAAGAAUUUGUAUACCAUUGUGUUUGUGUGUUUAUCCAGUUGGUUGAUGCUGCAGUGCAGUGCUCUUGAAAUUCUGUCAUGUGUUCAUACCUUUGGAUGGUCACAUUUUGUACAUAGAGUCAUGGUCUGGGUUGGAGGGGACCUUCAACGGCUAUCUAAUCCAACUGCCCUGCAGUGAGCAGGGGGACAUCUUACAUAUAUGCCAAGCUUGCAGCAGUGGGGAAAAUCAGUACUUCUUCCAAAUUUAUUGCUUUGCACCACAACCUUGAAGAUGAACAUUUUUGAAUAGCAUGCAUGUUUCUGAGAACAUAGUAAAAGUUGCUGUUGUUCUAGGAACUGAUUGCCUUCUGCUGCCUCCCCUAAGAGAGGAGACAAAAUCCCAUGACGAAGAUAGCUGAUACCCUGCACAAGUGUGAUUUCAUUCAGUGGGAGGUAGAAUUCGAAGGAGUGGAGAAUUACAUUUCGGAAAGCUUCCAUUACCUUGCAGGUCUGAGAUAAAAACAGAUGCUAGAAAGAAAGGAGUUAUCUUCGUGAAAGUUUCAGGAGACAAAAGGAAAUUCUUGUAGUACUUGCCUGUAUUCAGAUUGGCUUAAACCAAGCACAAAUAUGUAAAGCUUUCUAGUUUCACUGGUUUUGAGAAACUCAGUGAUGCCUGCAUGCUCAGAGUACUUGUGGCCAAAGUUAAAAGUCUGCUGGAGUCAAACAGCAGCAGAGAGGGAAGGAGAAUACUGGGUUUGAGCCUCAUUUGGCUGUUACAUGAAGGGAUUACACACAAUGUUUGGACAGCUCGAAAACUUCAUGGUAUUUUUUCCAUCUGCUUUUUGCACUUACUGUUGUUUCAUAGUGGAAUGUAAAUUUGGUAAUAAACAUGUAUAAGAUGUCAUUUUUCAGUA